AUGCCUCUUCACUGUAGAUUCUUCUUCUUCUUCAUCUUCCUCAUACUAUUUCUCCAACUCUCCAUCUCCAAAUCACUGAUUCCUUUGCAGCUCUUGACAAAUUUUCAGACAGGUGAAACCUUUACUUUCCAAUAUGGUCCUGUUCCUCCAUUCUUAACAUACUUUCGCUAUUCAAAUGGAAAUAAAUAGUCAGAUGUGCCUAUAUUUUCCAUGGUGAAUCCAUCUUUCAUUCAUGACUUUGCUAUCAGCAAGAAGUAUGCUAUAUUUGUAGACAUUCAGAUUGGGAUGAACCCUAUGGAAAUGAUCUUCAGGGGAGGCUCUCUGAUGGGUUCAAACCGAAUAAAUUUUUUCAGGGUAAGAAUCAGAGUCAUCCCUCGAUAUGCAACUGACGAAACAGAAAUGAGAUGGUUUGAUGUGCCUGGAUUCAAUAUAAUACACGCCAUCAAUGCAUGGGAUGAAGAAGACGCCUUAGUGAUUUUGGCACCCAAUAUUUUAUCAGUUGAACAUACUCUUGAGAGAAUGGAACUUGUCCAUGUGUUGGUGGAAAAGGUGAGGAUAGAGUUGAAAAUAGGCAUAGUUACAAGAGAAGAAAGAUGGAAAAGUGAAAAAAAAAAAAAAAAGGGAGAAUCAACAAUGGGCAAAAGGAAAUAG